GGGGACUGGGCGCUGAUGAUCCCUACCAGCUCGGAGACCCCACCCCCUCCUCCACUCCCCGAGUCCCCAGCCGCCACUCGCUCGCACUCGCUACCAGGCUUCUUCCUGCGCGCCGCGGGCGGGGCGGGGGCAGAGUCCGCCCCCUCCCCUGGGGCUGCCCCGCCCCUCCCGUCGCUCCCCUCCCCUCCUUCGUUAGGCCUGGCUUGGCGGCCAUGUGACUCUGUGGCCGGGCCUGGACGCGACGGGACGCGCUUGGACGGGCGUCGGGGGUCGCGGGCGCUGCCCGGGGCGGAGGCGGCAUGGAGCGGAGGUGGGUCUUCGUGCUGCUCGACAUGCUCUGCGUGCUGGUCGGUCUCAGCUGGAGAGGCCUACUUGGUAUACACGGACCGCCUCUAUUCCCGCUCCGACUUCAACAACUAUGUGGCUGCUGUCUACAAGGUCCUGGGGACAUUCCUGUUCGGGGCUGCAGUGAGCCAGUCCCUGACAGACCUGGCCAAGUACAUGAUCGGCCGGCUGCGGCCCAACUUCCUGGCAGUGUGUGACCCGGAUUGGAGCCGCGUGAACUGCUCCGUCUAUGUGCAGGUGGAGAAAGUGUGCAGGGGAAGCCCUGCCAAUGUUACCGAGUCCAGACUGUCUUUCUACUCCGGACACUCCUCCUUUGGGAUGUACUGCAUGAUGUUCUUGGCGCUCUAUGUGCAGGCGCGGCUCUGCUGGAAGUGGGCGCGGCUGCUGCGGCCCACAGUGCAGUUCUUCCUGGUGGCCUUCGCCCUCUAUGUGGGCUACACCCGUGUGUCUGACCACAAGCACCACUGGAGUGAUGUUCUCGUGGGCCUCCUGCAGGGCGCCCUGGUGGCCGGCCUCACUGUUCGCUACAUCUCUGACUUCUUCAAAACCCGGCCCCCACAGCGCUGCCUGGAAGAGGAGCUGGAACGGAAGCCCAGCCUGUCUCUGACACUGACCCUGGGCGAGGCUGACCGCAACCACUAUGGGUACCCAGCCUCCAACUCCUGAGGCUGGAAGCCGCCCAGGCUGGGCCCAUGCGUGCCUGCAGCUGGGCCUCAGGCUGUGUGUGGGUCGGUAGGUCCCUGGCAGGGCCCUCACCUGGGAUGGUCUGGACAGGCUCCAGGUGCCACGGGUUGGUUCACAGAGGGGUUCUAUGAAGCCAACCUCCUUUGCAUUGGACAAGGGGUCUGGGAUUGGCCAGGGCAGCCCUUUGGCUGGGGGCCCUUAUGCCCUCCAUUAUAAAUAGAGCUCCCUCCGUACCCCUUCUUUUGUUGGGUUAGGGAAGGGAUCAAGAGAUCUAGAUAAAUACUGUCUUGUAAAAUGUAUAUGUGGAUUCUUAGUAAAAUAGGGCAUUUGCUCGAAGAAUGUUAUCAGCACCUCUCUGUUCUUCUGGCCAUUCUGAGGACAGCAAAGGGGUGACCUUCCCUGGUCGGACGCUCAGCUGAGCUCAGGUGUUGGAGUAGUUGGUGAAGCCAACAAGCCAAAUGAAAGUAACAGCCACGCCUUUAAUUGGCCGUUUCUUCAAAGGGCUCUGGUUCCUUUUACUACAGAAUGGUAUUAAAAACUUAACAUCAUGUGGGCUCAGUGUGCUCAGCUGACCAGGCAGGGAAAUGUAGCGUGUGUUCCAGCCUCUGUGUGCACGCCUAGUUAAAGGUUUCUAUGGGGAGCUGUGUCCACAUUCAGCUAAAGAAGGACUUAUGCCACUGUCUCCAGCUCGGCGGUCUGUCGGGCCCUGGGACCUGCCCCGGUGCUCUUCCUCUGUACCCUGCCCCUCCCACAGCUGGGAAACCUGGCUCCUCCCACCAGCCGCGGAUUUCAUUCGUUGCUCCGCUCCGGAUUUUGUCCAGUGGUUUCAGAGCUGUACAUGACCCUCGAGGGAAAUAACUUUAUAAAAUAGAGCCCGCAGUGUACGCACAGUACACGUUGAUUUAGUCUGAGAUUUUGCUCGUUUCCCGUCACACAGGUCAGUAACUUUAGCCUCUACCACCUACAGUGAGGUUUUUUCUACGCAUUUCUAAUAUAGUCACAUUCUUUGACACGUUCUGUAUUCCAUUCUGUGAUAUUCUCACAUCCUAAAUAACAAUAUGAAUGGAUUAUGAUUUGCCCCUUGGGCUGUGAAGAACUAACUGGGUUUCACAAAUGCACAACAGCGGAUGCUGGCCCUCAAGUACCCUGCGGAACAGCACUUCAGCCCGCACCGUGAUUCACCGUCUCUAGUUCUUCUGCCUUUUCCAGAAGGCCGAAAAUGAGGCCAUACGGUAUGUAGCCUCUUUGUACAGGAUUCUUUUACUUAGCACUAACUAUACCAGUAAGAUUCAUCCACGGCCUCGUGUGGGUUUGUUUACUUAAGAUCUCGAGUGUACCUGGGAACAGCCGUUUUGCAGCUUCUCUUCUGCAUUUGGAAUGAAGAGGGAAUGUAAGGAAGAUGAAGUGAAGGGUGAGAGAGAGCAAGGCAGGGGUUGGAUUACAGGAGAGUUAACACGAUUACAUGCUCUGCCGAGGGCAGUUAUGCUUAUUUCAAAGGUGUAUUUAGUGUAUUAACCUGGGUGCACAAAAACAAUGGGCAGGGCUUGCUUCAGGCAAAGAUGAAAACCUCUUAUUAAAAACGUGUGCCCUGGCUGGGUGGCUCAGUUGGCUGGAGCAUUGUCCUGUACAACAAAAGGUUGCAGGUUCAAUUCCUGGUCAGGGCACAUGCCUCAGUGGCUGGUUUUUCCCUUUCUCAAAUCAGUAAAUAUAUCCUCAGGUAAGGAUUAAGAAAUAAUAAAAAUAAAAAACUUGUGUGCCUGAGGCCUAACCGCCCACCAUGACCUUCAUAGAUAGGCAUGUGUGCUCAGAUUUCCCUGGGAGGUGACUAGGCAGGGCCUGUUUCGCUCCCACAGGUCGACGGUGCAUUCCUUUCUGCUGCUGACUUGGGCUCCAUUGCUCGUGCAGGGGAGGAAAAUGAUUCCCCUGUAUUCUUCUAGGGUUUUGGCCAAGGCUCCCCUGUAAUCAAGACAGAUGAACGGGAGGAAAACAAGUUUAAUAACAUGCAUAUCUCGUACAGAAACAUGAGAGGGGGAACUGAGUAGCUCCCUGUAAUAGCCCAAGUCAUCACCUUAGGGAUCAUCUUGAGCCAAAAACAAAAUGAAGAUGUUGGGGGAGGGGGAAGCCAGUUAAGGCCAAUUAUCCAGCAAAACAGCAGACAAAGGCACUAGUAGGUUUUAAGUCAAGGCCUUCGGUGAUGAGCCUUGAGAUUGUCAAUCUCUUCCAGGUGCAGAGGGAGACCCUUAGGUUUAGGCUUAAGGUUAAGUUUAGGGUUGAGGUUAACUAAAGGUUUAGGGUUUGGGUUGAGGUUAGGUAUAGCAUUUAAGAUUAGUAUUUAGGUUGGGUUUAUGGUUAGAGUUAGGUUUGAGGUCAUACACUAGGCAUAUAGAAGGUUACAACAGUGUUACAGCUGGUAUAAAUUUUAGGAUUAUGGUUAUGAUUAGGUUUAGGGUUAGGUACAGGGUUAAGGUUAGGUUUGAUGUUAAGAUUAGUGCUAAAUUAAGUUUAAGAAUGAAAUUAUAUCUUUGGGUUAGGAUUGGUUUUGAGAUUAGGACUUGGCCUGGCUUCACUGGUAAAGACAAUCAGACAAAACUGAUUUUGAGUUCAGCACUGGUCCAUAGGUACAGCUGUCUGCCUCUGACGUCGGGGGCAUCUCUCCUGAAAAAGUCUGAUGUGCCUCCUGGAGUGCCAGAGACCAGGGUAGGUGUUCAGUUGCAGUGAGACAUCUGAUAAGGUCCCGUCCGAUGAGGUUGGAGAGUCUGGUUUCCUUUCCAAAAACCAGUACCUAAAGUCCUUGUCUCCCGGGAGCAUUUUGUGAAAGGAAGUGAUUAAUUACCAACUUGGCAUUUUCUUAAAGCAACUCUAUCAACCCUU